GGCCAGCAGGAGACAGAGCGAUGGGGGGGUGGGGCUGGUGUGUGUGUGUGUGUGGGGGGUGACUUCCUUGGGGCCUGAAUUCCGAUAUUUGCCCACCCUGGGGUGUGUUUUCCAGCUGGAUGGGUCUGGCCCGUCCUAGGCAGCGGGGAGUCAUUGCCAUUAAACAGUUAACACUCCCCCACCCCACCAGCUGCCCGGCACAGCUGACCACAGGCUCUUGGAGAAAUGUCCCACUGCAGCAGCCCAGGACUCAGCUGUGCCAACACCUGCUGGGGAGCAGCAGGGAUCUGACCACAGAGUCAGGCAGGUCAGAGCCUCUUGCUAAGGAACAUCAAGACCUGGGAAAGAUGCCCACAAUGGAGCGCCUCCUUCUGGCUCUGCUUUUCCUCUUGCAAGGGCUCCACGGAAGCAGCUGCUGUGCGGACAAUUUCCGAUUUUGUGGCGACAGAAACCAGACCAAGCAAAGCCGCCUUGUUUAUGAGACGCAGGAGGCGAACAUCACCAUCGAGAACAGCCCCGAGAUGCUGAAGAUAAGCGCACCGUUCCCCACGGCCUCUGUAUUCAACAGCAGUUUGCAGCAGCAUUUGGGGAAAUACCGCUUCUGCCUCCGCUGGUGCAAAGAGAAGAGGCGUCUCCUCCUCACGUAUGGCGGAACUGACUACAUUCUGAGUAACACGACCGAGUCUUCCUUCAGCGUCUCCUGCGCCCCUUCGCUGUCUAACAAAACGAGGGAUUCGCUGCUUUUCAACGUGUCCUACACCCACGACAAGGCGGCCAACAGCUCCCUCGGCAGCGCUGCCGUCUACUCCUUCCAACUCCGCGCCGCUGGAGACCCCGGCAGGGCCAGCGCGGUCAUGGAGAACGAGACUGUGGAAGAAUUAACGAGCUUGGGAACCACCGUGAGGAAUCCCAGCAGACCCGCUGGAGACCCCGGCAGGGCCAGCGCGGUCACGGAGAACAAGAUUGUGGAAGAAUUAACGAGCCUGGGAAACAGCAUGAAGAAUCCCAGCAGAGCUGCUGGAAGACAGACCAAUGCCCUAGACUCAUACCAAAAGCUCCUGCGUUUGGAACGGAACCUGGAACAGGUGGAGUUCAAGGAGAACAACAAGACUUUUGGGAACAGCACAGUGCGUGCGACUGUCUGGAAGUUGAAACCCAGCCGCGACCCUCAGGACUUGUCCUUCACGUCUACACUGAAGGUGAGUGCAGCUGUGCCUGGGGUCCAGGCCUUUUCCCCUGAGUCAGGGCCAGAGAGCUCAAGGCCAGAAGGGACGACUGGAUCGCCUAGUGCGAGUGUCCAUCACAGGCCACCACCCGACCAGAACGGCAGCAGGGUGCUCGGAGAAAAGGUGAUCGGCCUCACCGUGGGGAACACCAACGUAUCGGGCCUCUCCCAGGACGUGGUCCUCGAAUUCUUUCAUGACCAGCUGCCGCGGAACGUGACCCCCCGGUGCGUGUUCUGGCACGUCAGCGCCAACCGCGCCCCGGGCAGCUGGAAGAGUGAUGGCUGUGAAACCGAGAGGAGCGAUGCAGUGACUGUUUGCCGUUGCAACCACCUCACCUAUUUUGCUGUGCUGAUGGUGGCCUCUCCGGAAAUCGAUGAAAUCCACCGACAGCCCCUGACCAUCAUCACCAUCAUUGGCUGCGUUACCUCAGCCGUGGCUUCCCUCGUCACCAUCAUCUUCAUCUGCUGCUCCAGGAGGAAGCCCAGACACAGCACCAUAAACAACAUCCACAUGAACCUCCUUGGGGCCAUCUUCCUGCUGGAUGUGAACUUCCUCCUCACGGAGCUCUUGGCCUCCUCCGGCAGCGAGGGAGUUUGCUGCGCCGGUGCCCUGUUCCUGCACUUCUCCCUGCUGAGCUGCCUGGCCUGGAUGGGCAUUGAGGGCUACAGCCUCUACAGGCUGGUGGUGAAAGUCUUCAACGGGCAGGUGGAGAGCUUCCUUCUCAAGCUGUGCUUGGCCGGCUGGGGGAUUCCCUUCCUUAUGGUGGGCGUGAUAUUCCUGGCAGAUUGGAAAAAUUAUGGAUUAUUGCACAUUGACGUAUUGGACUCCCUAGGAAAUUCCACCAGUGCAGCCAUGUGCUUCGUCACAAACCAGCUGGUCCAUAGCAUAGUGAACAUGGGCUUCUUCAGCCUGGUGUUCAUCUUCAACCUGGUCAUGCUGGGCGCCAUGGUGUGGGCCAUCUCCCGGCUGAAAAGUACAGGCCAAAAGUGGGAGCACGCCUUGUUGCUCCUGGGGCUGAGCCUCGUGCUGGGCAUCCCCUGGGCGCUGGUGUUCUUCUCCUUUCUCUCGGGAGCAGUGAGGCUCGUCACGCUUUACCUCUUCACUGUCAUCAACUCUCUCCAAGGCGUCUUCAUCUUCCUCUGGUACAGGACGAUGGUGUGGCAGGCCAGAAAGCCCAAGUCCUACUUGCAGAGCACCUCCGACUAUGACAAGGUGCAGCUUAGCACCAGCCACACAAGCGACUGAGUCACCCGCUCGCUCUGCUUGCAGCUGGGUCUGCCUGUGCCUGGGAGCGGUCAGCCAGCCAUCAAGCUCCCGGCGGGGGGCGGGUAGACGCAUCAGUGACGCUCUUGCCUUGCUACACGUGGCCCUGUGUAAUCACAAGGAAUCUAGAGAAAUUCACACUCCCC